AUGUUAGCUUUUGUAGGUCAGUACUAUUUAAAUCAUAGUACUAGGGGCAGUGUAGUAGUCAUCCCCAGAAUGUUAUUCCUCCCAUAUGAAUACUCGGCAGACAUUCGGACUAUUCACAUGAUAGUACUCUGGGAAUAUCAAUACUUGAAGUUAAGAAGUUAUUCUGACACAAGGGUAAUCUAA